UGCAAGGAGGAACCUCUGAGGUGCAUAUUAGGGAAAGAUCUGCUUCUCCUCAAGGCCUUGAAAUCCCAGAUCCCGACGGGCUGGGCGCCUCUGGAAGUCACCGCGCUUCGCUUUGCAUAACAAUACACAGCUUUGCAUAACCAACGCCGACCGGCAUUUAAAGGCGUCGCCGCGGGCCCCAGACCUUGUAGUUACCUUCGCGCGAGCCCACCUUUUGCAAUGAUGUCCCUGAUUCGGGCUCCGCUCCUGAUCUCCCUGGGCUUGCUUCUCGCUGGCCAUGAGGCCCUUGCAAAGGCUCCAAUGAAACAGGCAUUCCUGAUCAGCAGCUUUUCCUGGGAGAACUGUGACGAUGGGAAGGACCCUGUGCUGAUCAAAAGCCUGAAUGUGGAACCUAGCCCCAUUGUAGAGCCUGGGAAUGUGACUGUGAGUGCUGAGACCCAGACAAGUGUCCCGCUCAAUUCUCCUCUGAAGGUGGACUUAACUGUGCAGAAGGAAAUGGCUGGCUUCUGGGUCAAAGUCCCAUGUGUAGAACCAAUAAGUAGCUGUACCUAUGAAGACAUCUGUAACGUAUUUGACAUUUUCCUUCCCCCUGGAGAGCCCUGUCCAGAGCCCCUGCACACCUAUGGGCUUCCCUGCCACUGUCCCUUCAAAGAAGGCAAAUACUCACUGCCCAAGAGUGUUAUCACCAUACCCCACCUGGACCUGCCCAGCUGGCUCAGUACCGGAAACUACCGCAUCCAGAAUAUCCUAAGCAGCGGCAAGACUGGCAUUUAA